AUAACCCAAUACCACCGACUCUGUCUCUCUCUCUCUCUGAACCAAUGGAUCGUCGUUUCUCUCUCAUUUUCUUAUUCGUCUUCGUCGCAACGGCGACGACGUCGCAUGUGGUGGAGGAUCCUGUUCAAGUCGCGAUGACGUCGGAUGUGGUGUUGGAUAAUGUUCUCUCUGAAGAAUCCGAAGAUCCCGAACCCUUAAUACGGCAGGUUGUUGAUGGCGCCGAGAACCUGAACGCCCCGCGGCUGGGCGCGGAGCACCACUUCGAACUCUUCAAGCGGAGGUUCGGUAAGUCGUACAAGUCGAAGGAGGAGCAUGACCAUAGGUUCAACGUGUUCAAGGCUAACCUGCGCCGAGCUCGUCGCCACCAGAGUCUGGACCCGUCGGCCACUCACGGCGUGACUCAGUUCUCCGAUUUGACCCCGUACGAGUUUCGAAGGGAUUUCUUGGGUCUCAGGAAUCGCCUCAGGCUGCCCUCCGAUGCCAACAAGGCCCCGAUUUUGCCGACCGAUGAGCUUCCCACCGAUUUUGACUGGAGAGAUCACGGAGCUGUUACCACAGUAAAAAAUCAGGGUUCGUGCGGAUCAUGCUGGAGUUUCAGUUCGACUGGAGCCUUGGAAGGUGCUAACUUCCUUGCCACAGGGAAGCUUGUUAGUCUCAGCGAGCAACAGCUUGUGGAUUGCGAUCAUGAGUGUGAUCCAGAGGAACCACGUUCAUGCGAUUCUGGGUGCAAUGGUGGGUUGAUGAAUAGUGCCUUCGAGUACACACUUAAAGCUGGUGGACUUAUGCGAGAGGAGGACUAUCCUUACAAAGGUACCGAUCGUGGGACCUGCAAAUUUGACAAGAGCAAGAUUGCAGCAUCAGUGUCCAACUUCAGUGUCGUUUCCCUCGAUGAAGAUCAAAUCGCUGCUAAUCUUGUGAAAAAUGGCCCUCUUGCAGUGGCUAUCAAUGCGGCGUUCAUGCAGACAUAUGUAGGGGGAGUUUCGUGUCCGUACAUAUGCUCAAAGAGGCAGGAUCAUGGGGUGUUACUGGUGGGGUAUGGGGCAGCUGGGUAUGCUCCUAUCCGAAUGAAAGAGAAGCCAUACUGGAUCAUCAAGAACUCAUGGGGUGAAAACUGGGGAGAGAAUGGGUUCUAUAAAAUCUGCAGGGGUCGCAAUAUCUGCGGAGUGGACUCCAUGGUCUCGACAGUUGCUGCAGUGCAAACUUCUUCACAGUAGGGCGUGAAUUCUAGUAAUGUUCAUCGUCCUAUAUGUCUGUAUAUAAAAGGGAUAUGGCACUCAUAUGUUAACUUGAUGUCCUUGACAAUUUACUCGAAAUCCUCCAAAAAAAACUUCAGUUACAUCAUACUGAAGUAUGUCAUCGGGUGUAUUAAGUCAAUUGUUAUAUGUUUUAGUGCAAGUUCUUCA